AUGGCAGAAGGACCCGUAAAAGUCACCCCCGCUGAGCUGGGGCUCGGCCCCAGCGAGGAAAUAGAUGCGAGACUGGAGUUUGACCUUGGGAAUCUUUGUGCCUACGACCCCAGUCCCGUGGAUGCGGAAGCCUACGCCCGGGACGCCUCCGGUGCUUGCGCCUCCACGGCAUCCCGCAUCAUGCAGGCGCUGGUGGGCCGACUCUUCGCCCUGCCCUCAGAGCCCGCCGACGUGGGCCGCAUCGCAGAACUACCAGCCCCCACCACAGCCUUGCCCCGGGAGAAGCCAAUACCCAGGCCCAGGCCUCCCACCAAGUGGGAGCUGUUUGCCAAGAAGAAGGGCAUCACCAAACACAAGCGCAGUAAGCUGGUGCUGGACGAGACCAGCGACACAUUCAAGAGGAGGCACGGGUACAGCAAGGCCAACGACCCGGCGGCCGUCCCCAUCAUUGAUGCCAAGGAUGGCGAAGACGUGGGCGAUGACCCCUUCUCCAAGCAGAAGCGUGAUAAGAAGGCACGGGUGGCCAAGCAGGAGAAGGCGCAGCUGGCCAAUCUGAAGGCGGCUGCCAAGAGCGGGGGCAAGGGGGCCCUGCCGCCCACGUUGAGGCUGGCGGCCGCCCUGCCAGAGCAUGGGCGGGGCCGGCCGGUGCGCCACAAGGACUACAAGCAGGAGCUGAAAGCGGCGACGCGGCAGGCAGCCAUCUCCACGGCGUCGCUGGGGAGACACGAUCGUGUGGUUGCUGGUGAGAAUGUGGCGGACCGGAAGCUGCCGGGCAAGAGGAAGAAGCUGCCCCCCGUGGCUAACAAGGACGGAGGCGAGCGGACCUCCCAGAGCAAGCUGGUCGACCACAUCCUGCGGAAAAACGCCGACGACAUCGUGGAUGUGGGCCGCGCGAUCGGCAAAUUUGAGAGCGCUGCGCGGGAGGACCGCCACCGCAUGAAGAUGAAGGGCGCCAACAAGAAGGGGCGCAUCAGCAAGGGCGCGGGGGCGCCCACCGGCAAGACCAAGGCCGGAGGCGUGGCGAAGAAGGGCGGGCGGGAGGGCAGUGCCAAGAGUCGGGGCAAGAAGGCGUGA